AUGGAUGCUACUGCAAAUUCAGAUGUGCAAAGGGCUGAGGAAUUUAAACUUAAGGCGAAUGAUGCCUUCAAGGCAAACAAGUUCUCGCAGGCUAUAGAGCUUUACAGUCAAGCCAUUGAGCUGAAUAGUUCAAAUGCAGUUUACUUUGCAAACCGUGCAUUUGCGCACACAAAAUUAGAGGAAUACGGAAGUGCUGUGCAGGAUGCUACAAAAGCCAUCGAAAUUGAUCCUAGAUAUUCAAAAGGUUAUUAUAGACGUGGCGCAGCAUAUCUUGCCAUGGGAAAGUUCAAGGAAGCCCUGAAGGAUUUUCAGCAGGUUAAAAAAAUAUGUCCGAAUGAUCCAGACGCUACAAGAAAGUUGAAAGAGUGUGAGAAAGCUGUCCAAAAAAUCCGUUUUGAAGAAGCAAUUUCUGUUGGAGAUGCUGAGAGGCGCUCCGUGGUGGACUCUAUCGACUACCAUAUCAUAGAAGUAGAGCCACAUUAUGCGGGACCAAGAAUUGAUGGGGAAGAAAUAACGAUAGAUUUUGUCAAAGCAAUGUUGGAUGAAUUUAAGAAGCAGAAAUGCAUACAUAAAAGAUAUGCUUAUCAGAUUGUGCUAAAAACCUUGGAUUUGCUGCGUUCGAUGCCUUCCCUUGUUGAUGUGGAUGUUCCAAACGGUGGGCAUUUUACAGUUUGCGGUGAUGUGCAUGGCCAGUACUUUGAUUUGCUCAACAUAUUUGACCUCAAUGGGCUUCCCUCAGAAGAAAAUCCUUACCUCUUCAAUGGUGAUUUUGUGGACAGAGGAUCUUUCUCUGUUGAAGUCAUACUCACCCUUUUUGCUUUCAAGUGCCUCUAUCCAAGAGCUAUGUACCUUGCAAGAGGAAAUCAUGAAAGCAAGAGCAUGAACAAAAUAUAUGGCUUUGAGGGGGAAGUGAGGUCAAAGCUGGGCGAAAAGUUUGUUGAACUUUUUGCUGAAGUCUUUUGUUGGUUACCUCUUGCGCAUGUCAUCAACAACAAGGUCUUUGUGGUUCACGGAGGGCUGUUUAGUGUUGAUGGGGUGAAACUUUCAGACAUCAGGUCCAUUGAUCGUUUCUGUGAACCACCUGAAGAAGGUCUAAUGUGUGAACUACUAUGGAGUGACCCUCAGCCUCAGCUUGGAAGAGGUCCAAGCAAACGUGGUGUUGCUCUUUCCUUUGGCGCAGAUGUGACUAAGAAGUUUUUACAGGAAAAUAACCUGGAUCUUAUUGUCCGGUCCCAUGAAGUAAAGGAUGAAGGCUAUGAAAUUGAACAUGAUGGGAAGCUUAUAACAGUCUUCUCUGCGCCUAAUUACUGUGACCAGAUGGGCAACAAGGGUGCAUUUAUUCGCUACACAGCUCCAGAAAUGAAACCAGAUAUUGUUACUUUCUCAGCUGUGCCACACCCUGAUGUGAGGCCGAUGGCGUAUGCAAAUAACUUCCUCAGGAUGUUUCAAUGA